CCUGAAGAUGUAGGUGAACACUUAGGCUGCAUCCUCCUCACCAAGUGAUGAUGAUGCUGAGCUCUUCAUCCUUAAAGCAUGACAUCACUCUUUACAGCUGGCGCCCAGUUUGUGAAUGUGGAAGGGGGGCGUUCAAAACUGCAAAUCGCAGACUGUGGUUCUUGUUGCAAAGGGCGUGGGCAUUGUUUCUUGUCGUGCACCAGUCUUUCUCCACCUAGUCUACAUGGAUCCUGGAGGGCUAAAAGGAUGUCUUCUCCACUUCGCUGCAGCCUGUGAGAAUCGUUUCUCAUUUGGAAACGACGAACAACAACGGAUGACAAUCGGCUAAUUAUUCAACCUACACGAACGACCGGCACUCGAACGCACCACCUGCGGCAGACAGCCCCUAAUAAAUGCCUUGAAAUACAAAUAGAUGUGGAAAAAAUCUCUCCUUUUCUGCUUCUAUGGCUUUCAUUAGCUGUUCGUGUUUAGGGAAAUAGUGUGAUAAUCCACCCGAGAUGGCAGUGAGCAUCACCGAGCCGCUCUGCCUGCCUUGCGUUUAUCAUGCAGCUUUUAAAGGUAAGUCCAGUUUAACCCACUCGUGUUUGUCUGUCUGUCUGUGGUGGAUCUUUGUUAUUACAUUUCUUCUGUUUGAAUCGUUUUGAGAGGUGUGCACCCUGCAGAAACUGUCACCGACCCCUCCCCUUCUGUCCUUAUUAGUACCCUCUCUUUCUUGUACCAAGUGGGUGGAGGGUGGGGGGUGAGACAAUGUUCACCAGGGUUGUCCUGUAGACAACAAAUAACCAGACAGAAGUACCCCUGAAGCAUAUCAUUUAGAAUAUAGUCAAUUAAUGAAUUGAUUUUUUCUUUAAAUAUAGAGGCUUAAAAAUAUGGCAUCCCAAAUAAAGCUGUAGUCUACUGGCUCAGCUUUCAGAUCAAUGGUAGAUUAAUCAAAGUCUGAGUAAAUUAAGCAAUUGCAUUUUUUUAAUUGAAGCCUGAACCGCAUUCAAGGAAAUACCUCCUUGAAAAAAAUAUUUAAAAGUAUUAUUUCCUUGUCUAAAACAUCAGUGAGGAGUUUUCAUCUGCAUAUUAUUCUUUAUGAACUAUCAGCUACAUAACAUGACCAAAGCCUGAAGUAGUCAUGUUUUAUACUCCAAAGUCCUAGUACAAUAGACUAAAUAAGGCCAGGUCUACUUAUUAUACGUUGACAUUUUAAGUGAAGCACUUUGAAUUUCAUUGUUGUUAAAAAGGGCUAAAAACAAAGCUGCCUUGUCUCGAAUGGAAAACUAAGUUUCUUACUGAACUCACACACUUUGCUCUUCCUUUGAAAAACUUACUACCAUUGCAAUUCAGGUUGAUCUCUAGCUAAAUGCUUUAAAGAUUUUUUUACGUCACCAAUAUGCUUAACAUACAUUUUUAGACCUGUACACAUCUGCUUAGUAAUAAUAAUAAUAAUUAUGGUAAUAAUUAGCAGAAAAUGAAUUCUGAAUAUGACAUGAAUAUAUAAUCACAAGACAACAAAUGAGGUUUAACUUAGCCCCUUCUACCCAAUUAUACACAGCACAGAUGACAUAAUGCUUGUUGUUUCAUAGCCUGCAGUGUUUUGUGUUUGUGAUGGGAGGAAAAAGAGGGGGGAGAUCUGAGACUGAUUUGACUGCUGUGUGGUCAGUGGAGCUUCAGGUGAAGAGACCUCUGAUGCCGGUCCAGCUGAGUCCAGAGCAGGUGGGCCUAGAGAUGUUGUGCCUGUGCGGGCAGCUGGAUCUCCUCAUCAGGGCACAGAUGCAGCAGGUAGACUCACCUAAACAAGACAUGCUGAUGAAGUGCUUAUCUACUUCUGAUUUUACUGAUUUUGUAUGCUUGCUUCUCCUUCAUUCUCUGACUUUUUAUGGUUUGUGUUUUGCAGUUCCAGGAGCAGUUGGGACAAGGCUGCAGCCCAGAGGAGUCAGACACUUUCCAGGCUCAAGGUCAGAGCAGCAAAGUGUCAAAGUGUUUUGUUUGAUCUGCACAACUCCUAUCUAUUUGACUUUUCUGUCUGAUCUUCCCUCCAAGGAUCAGACAUUCUUGAUCAGAUGCUGCAGUGCCUUGAACACUUACCAAAGCCUAUGCCGCAGCUGGAGGUAUUACAACCAACAGUAAUGUUCAAAUAAAUCAAGAAACUUGCCUUUACUUUAUGGGAUACUUGGACAUUCACUUUUCAUACUUCUCCCCUGAGGACUACCUUGACAUGAUGGGUCUGUCAGUGAUGUUUCCUCGGGUGGAGGUGUUCCUCAUUCAAGGCAGCCCGGUGGAAAUGCUGGAGAGGCCACCGAUGGAUGGUAUGAAAUUGUAUGCAUGAAAACAACAAAAAGAGAAGAUGUAUAUUUUGAUCUUUUACUUGUUGAUUUAGAAAUUCAGUUUUAUGAUGUGUGGCAACUGGCAUAAAAAACUUAAAUCUUACCAAGUGAAUUUGCCUCUUGCUGUCAGAAUAUCUAAGUGCACUCAACAUAAACAGAUCUUGUUCACAGAUAUUUCAUCACAAUUUUUUUCUUAACAAUUUUCUUCAAAUAAAAAUUCUAUCUCAAACAACUUAUCAUGAAAAAUUCACUUGCUUUAGUGCCAGCCAUUUUUACUCAUCAUCACAGUCAAUUUAGUCACUAUUGUUGGCUCUUAUUAACAAGCUUUUCUGCACAACAGCCCUGAUCUGAGUUUGCAAAGUGCAAUACUAAUCAAAGAUGCUGUAAAAAUAUUCAGUUUUGGAUUUGAAACAGGUAUAUAAAUCAGGUUUAAGUCAAAGUUCCCCAGUCAAAAAAGUCUGAAGGCUUGACUCCAAAUUAUUCACAGAAGUGAGUGUUGAUGUUUUUGUGCAUCACUCUGUGAUUGAGUGAUGACCUCUACAGGACAGGGUGUGCUCCAUCUCUUGCCCUUGUUACCCUGAAUAAGAAGAGUUUUUAGUGAAUGGCUUGCAUACAGAUUCAUCAUAUUUAAAUGGAAUAUUUCUUUUUUUUUUAUCUGACUAAGACCUAAUCUUUAAUUUUAAUGGAAUAUCUCAUUCACUUUGUAAUUCCAAAGUUUCCUCCAGUAAGGAAAGAGUCAUAAAUUGAUGCUUCCUUUGCAGAAUACUUCUUCCACAUUGCCAAACUGAACCAGCUCCUGGUGUUGAGUCAGCAGCUUGAAGAGGAUAUCAGACACCUCGGCAGUCAUAAAUACAUCGCCCACCAGCUCUCAGUCAUAUAUGUAAGACCGUUACUCACAAAAUUUAACUCUUUUUGUAUCUUCAGUUCAUCAGUUCUGUGCUUUUAAAUGUCUCUUCUCUUUGCAGCAAGUGGUCAGCUCUUUCAGAGGGAUUCAGGCUUUCUCUGACAUAAAGAAAGACAUUGAGGCCAAUUUCAAACAGAUGAAACAGUGUCUCGUGGCAGAGGAAGGCUCCAGGCAUGAACCUCAGCUGGCGGCUCAUUACAUCAACUGGUGAGUCAAAAUCCCAAUGGCAUGACAGCAGAGCUAUUGAUAAAUGCAUCAUGAAUAACCAUGUGCUCUCCUCACAGGAUAUUAGAAAUAACUCAAAGCAUAACAUCCAUGGUGUUGUUGCUACCAGAAGAGCUGACAGACGACAUCCACCAGGCUGUGACCUUUGUGUCUCAGUUCCUGUCCUGAUACUGGAAAACCUCUGUAUCUAUGCGCCCGGGUGUUUGGAUGCACCAGGAUUCCCGAGGAGUUACCUGCUUCUUAAUGAAUUGACAUAGUUAUGACUGUGAAAGGUGCUACAAAAUUUUAUUAACAUGAUUCAUAUUUGGAUUUGAAAACCUACUUUAUUUACAAAUCAUGUAGGUUUUUAUAUUGUCCUCAUGAAUGCUGUUUGGAAAUGAAUGUAAGCUUGGUGAAUCCCUCCAACUGCACUACUGUUCUCAAUAAUGUUAUGAAUUUUUUUAUACCGUAAGUGGAAAAAUAAACUUAAAUUCAAUAAGAGAAAUUCGCCUUGUUUUUGCCUUGCAAUGGUUGUUCAUAUUUCCUUUCAUCAGACAGGUGUUAUAAAAUAUACUCACC